UCUGCGUUUAUUAAGUUUUAUCUGUAGUGAAGGGACUUAAUGAUAUCAUCAAUUUGUGUUUGGUAUCCGGCGUAGCAAGUAUAUAAAGCAGGCCCACAUCACUAGACAUUAUUUUAGUCAAACUUCGUACCGGCUAACGUUGGACUUCUAUAGUGUUUGUGGGUUUACUUCAAAAACUUGAAAACAGAAAAAAUGGAUUUCUAUUAUUUGGCCGGAUCUGCCCCAUGCCGUUCAAUUUUAAUGGCUGCUAAGGCUCUCGGCGUAGAGUUGAAUCUCAAACCCACCAAUUUGAUGGCUGGUGAACAUCUCACUCCGGAAUUCUUGAAGAUGAAUCCCCAACACACCAUCCCAACAUUGAACGAUCAUGGCUUCUGCCUUUGGGAAUCUCGUGCUAUUCUAGUGUAUUUAGUUGAAAAAUACGGCAAAGGAAGCUCCUUGUAUCCAGCCGAUGUCCAAAGUCGUGCUGUCGUCAACCAGAGAUUAUACUUCGAUAUGGGGACUCUCUAUCAACGAUUUGCUGACUAUUUCUAUCCCCAAAUUUUCGCUAAGGCUCCAGCCGAUCCUGCAAAGUAUCAGAAAUUGGAGGAAGCUUUCGGGUUCUUGAACACAUUUCUUGAGGGAAGCAAAUACGCUGCUGGAGAUAGUCUCACAUUGGCUGAUCUUGCUUUGGUCGCUAGCGUUUCCACUAUUGAAUUGAUAAAGGACUUUGACAUCAACAAAUUUCCAAAGGUUGCCGCUUGGUAUAAAUUGUGCAAGGAAACAAUUCCUGGAUAUGAUAUCAAUCAAGCUGGUGUCGAAGAAUUCAAGGCGAAGUUCCUAAACUAAAAACUAGAGGAUCUCUGAAAGCAGUGCUUUUUCAGUAUUUAUUAUAUAAGCGUUCAUUAUUUAAUAUUUUGAUUUCAUAAUGCUUAGUUUUUUAAUUCGAAUAGAUGGAUUGUAUUCACG